AUGGGCUCUGGCAGGAGGGAAGAAGGAUCUGGAGGGAGAAAAGAGGGCUCUGGAGGGAGGGAAGUGGACUCUGGAGGGAGGGAAGUGGGCUCUGGAGGGAGGGAAGUGGACUCUGGAGGGAGGGAAGUGGACUCUGGAGGGAGGGGAGAGGGCUCUGGAGGGAGGGAAGAGGGCUCUGGAGGGAGGGAAGGAGGAAAGUGGGCUCUGGAGGAGGAAGUGGGCUCUGAAGGGAGGAAGUGGGCUCUGCUGGAGAGAGGAAGUGGGCUCUGGAGGGGAGGGAAGAGGGCUCUGGUGGGAGGAAAAUGGGUUCUGGAGGGAGGAAGUAGGCUCUGGAGGGGAGGAAGAGGGCUCUGGUGGGAGAACUCUGGUGGGAGGAAAAUGGGUUCUGGAGGGAGGGAAGUGGGCUCUGUAAGGAGGGUGGAGGUCUCUGAAGAAAGGGAUGAGGGCUCUAGAGGGAGGGAAAUGGGCUCUGGAGGGAAAAAAAUGGGCUCUAGCAGGAGGAAAGAAAGAUUUGGAGGGAGAAAAGAGGGCUCUGGAGAGAGGGAAGUGGCCACUGCAGGGAGGGAAAUGAGCUCUGGUGGGAGGGAAAUAAGCUCUGGUGGGAAGGAAAUGAGCUCUGGAGGGAGGAAAAUGGGCUCUGGAGGGAGGGAAGUGGGCUCUGAACAGAGGGAAGAUGGCUCUGAAGAGAGGGAAAUGUGCUCUAGUGGGAGGGAAAUGGGCUCUGGCAGGAGGAAGGAGGUAUCUGGAGGGAAGGAAGAGAGCUCUGGAGGAAGGAAAUGGACUUUGGUGGGAGGGAAAUGGGCUCUGGAAGGAGGGAAAAGCUUCACUCAAAUGUUUGCUCCCUGGGCCUCCUUCUUCUUCAGCAGGAAUUUCACAUGUUCCUGGCACUGGCCUGUCAAAGCACAGGCUUAUUAUCUCCUCCUAAACACCAGGACAAGCUUCCAGAACAGCCUCACCACCAUAAGAGGCAACUGA